AUGGAGUUUCCUCUGCUACUACGCGUAAAGCUGGCGCUUUCACCCAAGUUUGAACCCCUCCCGCACGUCCUCCAGAUCGUCAACGAUCUACUCCUACCGAGAACACUAGACGGUGCUAUCUACAACGAUCUCCAUAGACUGGUCAAAGACUACGAAGCUGUUCUUCCGUGUACUGUUGGAGCUAUGGACGGCGCUGCUGCCAAAGGGCGACUCGAUAUUCUCCAAAGACUGCAAAAUACUCGAAGUGAAGGCUGCUCAUCCGCCGCAUUCGUCGGUGCGGCAGCUCACGCUCAUCUGGAGGUGCUGUGGUGGCUCAAUGAGUUCUACGCCGGAUUGGCCCGGCCACAAGACAUAGUCAGAGCCGCCGCUGAAAACGGUCACGUUCGCGUGGUAGAACUUCUGUGGAGGCGGUUGAGCGAGGAAGAACUGGAGGCUGCGUUAAAAGUAGCAAGUGCUAACAAUCAUACCGAAGUGGCGAAGCUACUGCGUUCAAAGAUGGCAAUUAACCGAGCUCGACUCAUAUUUUAA